AUGUCGUCUAACGAAAAGGCUCAACUUGACAAGGACAAGCUGAAGGAGAAGCUUGAGGAAAAAUUCGAUCUCUCUCACUUCGAUCCCAAUACCGUAAUACGUGGCGCUCAGCUCACUCUGGUGGGAGCUCAUCGAGCACUACAGAAUCCGGCCCUUUUCACAACCGAUCACUAUCGCCAAGCUGCCAUUGCAGUGGUGGCAGGUCUUGCCAUUAGACUAAUCGUCACCAUACCCUACAAUCAGAUCGUCGGGAUCAAGGUUUUAUUAUGGUUCAUUUCAUUCUUUCUAUCUCUUGAUGCCGUCACAUGGGACGAUACUCUCGUCGGUGGGCUUGACUUUGUCGCAGAAUAUGUCCUCCAAGUCCCCUUCUUCCUCAUGGCCCUCAUGCGUUAUGUUGUACCGACCCUCGAUAACCUCUUCAUGCAGUCCCUGCAAUGGGUUGAUAUGACCUAUGUUCAGAAGCACCGGGGUGAUAAGCCUUCGGAGCUUCGGGAUAUGUACUAUCCCAACCUGAAGAUGUACCGUCCCUCUGAUGGAAGUACGCACUCUGAAAGUACCGCUCAGGCUGUUUCCAUGUUUGUUCUCCGCUUCCUUCGCAAGGGUGGCAUUUCUUUAGCAGUUUUUGCACUCUCAUACACACCAUAUAUCGGUCGAUUUGUCCUGCCCGCGGCCAGUUUUUACACCUUCAACAACGCCGUGGGCUUGGGACCGGCCUCUGUCAUCUUCGGUACGGGAAUUUUUCUCCCUCGAAGGUACCUGGUUAUCUUUCUCCAGAGCUACUUCUCUUCCAGAAGUUUGAUGCGAGAGUUGCUCGAGCCAUACUUCGCUCGUGUUCACUUUACAAAGGACCAAAAGCGAAACUGGUUCCGCAGCCGCGAGGGAGUUCUGUUUGGUUUCGGUCUGGGAUUCUACAUUCUUGUCAGAAUCCCUCUAGUGGGCGUCCUCGUCUAUGGCAUUGCCGAAGCGUCCACCGCAUACCUGAUCACCAAGAUCACUGACCCGCCGCCGCCCCCUCAGCAGAUGAAGGAGUUUGCUGAGGGACAGCAGAAUUGGUCUAACAAACAUGAGUUCUUGAACCUUUCACUGGCCAACAUUGACUCGGUACAUAACCUUGAGCUAUCUAAAAAGGCCAAUUGA